CGCUCCCCGGUUUGCAAGGGAAGCGGCUACGUGCCUCGCCGCCUGGGGCGAAUGUCUCCCUCCCCGCUUUCGGGUUCCUGUGGGAGGUCCCGCCCCGCCUCAUCCCUCCCUCCCUCCCUCCCUCCCGAGCGACGAGGAGGAGGAAGCCCGAAAGAGGCAGGGAAAAGGGGGCGCGCCCCCUUCCCCUUCCACCCCCGACGCGCCGCGCAGGGCGAUAAAGUGGCGCAGAGUCUCCAUGGGGGUCUGAGGGAAGGGCCGGAGAGGGGCUCUGCGCCGGCGUCAUGCAAUGGAGGGCCGGGGCUCGGCGGUGCUGGGCUUGGGGCAACUUUUAGCCCCUUUCGGGGAGCACCAGCUGCAGGAAGAGGCCGCCUCUCUCCCGCGGUGGCAAAAGAGCAGCAGCAACAGCAGCAGCUCGGAGGAGGAGGAGGAGGAGGCGCGUUUGCAAGGGAGGCAGGAAGCGGGCGACCCGGCGGAGGAGCAGGACGACGACGAGGAAGAGGAGGAUGAGAAGGCGCUGCUGGCCUUGCGCCGCCGCCACGGGCGCUCCCUCUCGCUGCCCGCCAGCCCGACCUUGGCCGCCGCGCGCCUGUUCCCCGAGGGCGAGGGCGGCGCGUCGAGCGACUGCUGCACCAAGUGCAAGAAGCGGGUGCAGUUCGCCGACUCGCUGGGGCUGCGCCUGGCCCGCGUGAAGCACUUCAGCGCGGCGGAGGAGCCGCAGGUGCCCCCGGCCGUGCUCUCCCGCCUGCAGAGCUUCCCCAUGCGCAGCAGGGACCUGGAGGGGUUCGGCGCGGUCCUGGCCAGCCUGGGCGGCUGCGUCCCCCCGGCCCGCGCCCCUCGGCCGCCCCAGGCCCGCCCGCUGACGCCCUGCUUCGAGGCGCCCGGGGAGCUGCUGGGCGCGGAGCGGCUGCGGCGGGAGCGCGUGUGCCUGGAGGAGGCGGCGGGGACGGCGCUGGCCGGGGCGCCGGCGGACGUGCGCGGCGUGGUGCGGGUGCUGAGCUGCCCCGGCGCCAAGGAGGUGACGGUGCGCUACACCUUCAACGACUGGCUCUCCUUCCUCGACGUGCCCGCCGUGCCGCUGCCCGCCGACGGGGACCCCGCGGCUCCGGCGCCCUGCAGCCCGGCCGAGCGCUACCAGUUCAGCCUGUGCCUGCCGCCGGGCCUGCAGGAAGGCACCGCCGUGCACUUCGCCGUCUGCUACCGCAGCCAGCAGGGCGAGUACUGGGACAACAACGGGGGCAGCAACUACACCCUGCGCGGGAGCUCGCCCGAGAAGGACGCGCCGCCUCUGCCUUGAGUCGGGGGUCAACCAGCCGCCCCUCCCGAGCCCCUGCAGGACCUCGGGGCCACCACCAGCACAGGCCCUGCCUCCGUGCCUUUCCUCUCCCAGCCUUGGAGGGCCAGCUGUGCCUCUGCACCUGAAAGUGACAGUCCCACCUUUCACCAGCCCUAUGCUGCUCUGCCUUGCAGCGAUCAAGAAGCUUAGCCUAACUUUGGGCAGGAAUGUGAGAAGAGAGCAUCAGAGCCCCGGGGAUGGAGGAGUGCACCGCUGGCCCCAAUUGAGCCGCCUCUUCGAAACACUGGCGCUUUCUUUCAGGCACCACUUGUUGCUUGGAACCAUUUUGCUGUGAAUCCGAUGGUGGAUAUAUCCUCUGCUAUGCAACUGCUGGGUCCAAGUUUUCUGGAAUGCACUUUAAAUAUGUUUGGAGAGAAAAAGAAGGGAACUGGCCAUUCUAGUGUCAUUUGGCACCAUUGCCUUAGAAGCCUGCUAAAGACUAGCCCAUCUUUUGUGCCUGCUACAUGAAAUGGCCUUUAACAUGUGUAGAAGAAUACAGUACUAUCAUGAUUUUUAAAAGCUGUGGAAAUAAAGAGCUGUUCAGGACAGACCUCUUCCCCCCCACCCCCCAAAUCCCCCUUCCUUUUAAUUCCUCUCUUCCAACUUGAAUAUUGUGCCUUGAAUGAAAGAUCUCUGGACACUCACAUAAGACAGAACUGAUAUCUUGACUGCUGUGUCCGGGAGAGGAGGUGUUCAGUCUCCCAGCAAAGAUGUCAAAUGCUGUUGGAUUUUUUUCCCCUAAUAAAGAGAGGUGUUUACAGGAAACGGCAGGAUUUCAGCUGACUUGGGGCUAGAAUAAAUGCUUUUUUUAAAAAAAAGACAAAAUAACUUGAUGUGUAUUUGCUGGCCUCUAUUUCUUUUAACUGACAGCUUUAGGCUGUGAUGGUCUGAAUGGUUCUCUGUCAUGACAGGUGGUGUUGACAAAAAGCAGCAGGCUUGGGUGUAAUUGCUGUGUUGGUCCAUUCACAAAACCGGUACGGGUGUAAGAGCCAUUUACAGGCUGCCAGAAGGGAAAACCAGAAGAGAAGAUCUCUCUAGUCCUUCUGAUAGAUGUACAGAAUAACACAUUUUGGUGUGAAAUCUUGUACCUGCCAAAACAUGUUAUGCCAUACAAUUGUUAAAAGUGCAGAAAUCCUGUCCUCCUUUACCUGGGAUCCUAUCCAUGCCGACUCUUUGCUUAUUGCUCACUAGCUUGUAAUGGCAGCUGAUACAGAGAUUUUUUUUUUUGGACAGAUGUGCAGAACAUGGGUAUGCAGAACAGACCAAAACCUGGCUGACUCAGCAGUGAGCAAGCAGGUGCAAGAUUUUUCUAGAGGGCGAGUAUGCUUCAGGCUGUGCCGACUGACAGUACUCCUAACAUCUAAGAUUGCCCGUCAGCUUCCAACUCUGUUUUUUCACUUGAAAUAUAUUGGUAUACUGUGACAAUUGCUGUGGUUGGUUCAGUCACUGUUGUGUUGCUAAUAGCACGAGCCCAGUCCUUUUCACUUAAGUGUCCUGAAUCUGUAGCCUGACGAAGUUCUUUAAGGGCUAUCUUUUUAUUAUUAUUUUUUUAGAAACUAAAUGCACUUUCACAAUCCUAAGUAUCUUAUUAAGCUAGUUACAAUUAGUAGCAGCAGUUGGUCUGUGAAACUAGCUGCCAAAACCAGAUUUGGGAAACAACAGUUUGGUGACCACUUACCUAGAUCUGUUGGGUUUUUUUGUUGCGGGGAAUUUGGUCAGUUUAAAUGGCCUUUAAGCUGUAG